AUGAAUCACAAGUCGACCAACGAGGCGCGUCUUCUCCUCUCCUCAAUCCUCCCCGCCGAGGAUUUUGAGGACGUCACUGAUAUCCCCAUCUCUCCGUCCCUCUUUGACGUUAUUCGCCGCGCAUCGCGGUCUCUACCGAAGUCUCGCGGCGACUCCCACCUCACCGUAGACCAGCUCUUCCUCGGCCUCCUGGAGGAUUCUCAGAUCAAGGAUCUCCUCAAAGAUGCCGGCAUCAGCGACGUCGCCCGUGUUCGCACCCUCUUGAUGCCGCUCAGCUAUCCCAUCGCUAUAACACCGCGACACCUUCAUGAAAAGUCAAUCGACUCGGACGACCAGGGGAUUCAACUCCAUAGUCAAUCAGAAAAGAGGGACAACUCGGAGAGGAGAAGGAUCCAUGAAAUGAGGAGAUGGAUGGACGAAAUUCAAAUAUUGAAGCGACGUCAAAACAUGCUAUCGCAAUGGGGGGAAACGUUCGGUCUUGCGGACUUCAAGUUUGAAUCAGUGCAAGAGUUAGAUGCAGCCAUCGCAAAGCUCGAGGGCGAUGUCAAUGAUAGUCUGGAGCAAAGCUCAUGGGCGAUGCCAAUGAAAAGCUCGGCGCCGAGCCGUUGGAACGAGAAGGAGAGAUUGAUCGGCCUAGCAGAGAGGUUGUGCGAGAGGGUGGUCGGGCAGAAUCAGGCCGUCGAGACUGUAGCCGAAGUAGUUCUGAGAUCGAGAGCCGGCUCUGACGGAGACAGCAAAACAGAGCUCGCAAAAGCUCUCGCAGAGCAAUUGUUCGGCAACGAGAAUUUUCUCAUCCGCAUCGACUUGUCAGAGUACAAGGAACAACGCUCGCUUCGACGUCUAAUCGGUGGGCCACUGGUUGAUGACGAAGAUGGACAGUUGACGGCGGCAGUGAGGCGGAAGCCUUAUAGCGUCGUUCUCUUCGACCGGGUUGAGAAAGCUCAUGAUUCUGUGUUAAAAAGCCUUCUUCAUAUGCUUGGAUUAGGAAGGUUAGCUGACGGCCAAAACUGGGAUGUGGACUUCACUAACACAGUCAUUAUCAUGACCUCUAAUCUUACCAGAACGGAGAAAGAUUCACCGCUUCAGAUUGCUAGGGAAAUACUUAUCGACGAGGUGUGCUUAUUAAUUUAUCUAAAGUAA